AUGCCAGUAUCUUCGGAUCUCAUUGAAAGAAUGCACUACAAGCGCAGAUCAUCUUUUGUACAAGAGCAACGAUUUAAACAAGCAUCUGAACCUCUUGAAGAAGUCGAAGUUGACAUUGCAGAAGGACCAACUGUGUCUUCACCUCGGCGAAAGUCGGCGAGCGUUUGCGUUGCGAUGAUAACGAUAAAGCCUGAAAUGAACACAGUCAACUAUCAACGUCCUCACCAAAACACGGUGCCGCGUAAAGUUGGAACUUCGCGAUUUAUCGUCGAAAGAAAUUGUCAGCCAUUCAACGUUCAAGAACUGCAAAGUGUAAGGCUGCGAGGACUCUCUACCUCGGAAGUUUUCCACGAACCACCUAAGAUGUACGUUUACCGCGAACGACCAACCCCGUACGUUCAUCGCAAUCCAAGAAAAAAGAAGACCUUUAUGGAGUUCGUCAAGAAAAGAAAGCAUACUAUCUGUGCUUGGUCAUUUGGCAUAUUCGCACUUGCUUUGAUGGCUACGAUAAUUGCUUUGCAAAGCAAGGGAGACUUCAGCUGA